CAUUCACUUAAAAAAUUGUCAACACCAGUACAGGACUUAACAUGACGAUACAACGCUUUCAUAACAGCCAAUAAUUCUUCUUCAACGCAACCUUUGAAAGUUUAAGACACGAAAGUCGUCUAUCAACAGAGUCAAACGCUUUUUGAAAUCGAUAAACACACAAUAUAACCUCAUUUUUUAUUUUUAUUUUUUUUUACAUAAACUGUUACUUAGAAUGUAAAGCAAAAAUAGCAUCAUGCGUACCAUGCAAAGCUUGGUUUAAAACCAAAGUGUGUAUCAGUUUUAACACCAUUGCAUUUUGACCAUUCCGAUAAUUUUAGUUAAGACAUUUUGUUAAUUAUAACAAGUACGUCAAUAUUUAUGCUUGGAUUAAUUGGAUGAAAUAAUUUCAAUUAUUUUGUAUUUAUUUACACAAAUACGGUAUAAAUAUAAUGUUAUUUUGAUAUGAAGAUCAACGGCAUCAACGGAAGCCUUUGUACAGCUUGGGACAAGUUUCCAUUCCUAACAUCCAAAUAUUCACAUUCUCAAAUGGCAGUCUAUGAUAACCCAACAAAUCAAAGUAAUGUAUAGUCCAAUACAUUUCAUCACUGACUUGAAUAACGUACUGUUGGGGCGCAAGCGGGGUUUGCCUAUAUAAUUAUAUAAAAUGAAAGUAAUAUAAACGUCAAUAAUUCAAUUUUUAAUUGAACAAUUAGUGAAAGUUGUAUAAAUUUAAGUUACAAUGAAAUCAUUCUUGGAAUAAAUGUAUUAUAUGGGGUGAUCAAAUACGAUUGGGCGUAAUCAAAUCUAUCAUAAAGCCCUUCGGGCUUUAUCGAAUAUGAUCACUUAAUCUCACCACAUACUAGUAAUAUUCUAAGAAUGAUUCCGUAUUCCUUAAUUAGAGACUUCCAUUCAUUAUUAUGUGUCUAGGUAUGCUCUCAUGCAUUGUUAGCACACAAUCAACUUUGAAUAAAUUAAUGGUACUCAUUGCUCACAUAUACUGAUACGAUUUAUCAUCAUGAGGGACAUAUUGACCCAAGUAAUGGCCACUAAGGACACUGCUUUAAGAUAAGAAUUGCCAACACUCCCGUUGAAUUUAACUAUGACUAUGGGGUUCAACUACCUUGUCCUUCUGAUAACCGCAUCUUUUCACGCAAUUUACUCCAAUGUCACUAAGGACAUCUUGUUUGUCUUGGAUUCCUCCGAGAGCAUUGGCGAGUUCGUCUUCUACGGACAAAUCAUUCCAGUGGUUGAAAAUUUUGUCCGAUUUCAUACCUUGGAACUUGAUCCUCUGAACACACAAGUUGGAAUGAUAGCAUUUGGAGGCAGGCAACAGCGGUACAUUCCAAUGAAUAACAACGCAACGAAGGACAAACUCAUCAACGCUCUCGGGAGCAUUUCUUUCCACGGUGGAGCAACAGGCUUGCAUUACGCCCUGAACCAUGUUUUGAAAGACCUUCUAACGCCAGAGUAUGGUGACCGAGAGGACGCCGAAAACGUGCUUGUUCUGAUGACAGACGGUGGCACGACAAACCCGCUGGAAACUUUUACAGCAAUUGACAGACUGAAAGCACAAGGUGUAACAAUAUACGUAGUGGUAGCCGGAUGUCGCUUUAACUGGUUCAACAUCCAUCAGAUGGCGACCAACUCCUCCUAUAUAAUCACCGAUCUACACCACCACAGUCCUAAAUUUACAGCCUACCACAUCUGGACCGACAUCUGUAAAUGUCAACCGCCCAUUCAGAUAGUGACUGCCAUUCCUACAACUGAACCUCCACGUCAUCAUUUUUACACAGGCAGUUUAGCACACACAGCACACUUGCCUUGUAUAGACAAUGAUAUCUUUUGUGAAUUGAUGCCCAAAGAAAACUGUGUUAAAUAUAGAGAUUGGGCCAUGGGAAGCUGCCGGAAAACGUGUGGCCUGUGUCCUAUGGUCACCAUUCCAAUGAAAUCUACAACCGCACCGCCUAAACCUACAACAAUAACUCCCAAACCUACAAUAUUGACUCCUAAACCUACGACAGCGACUCCUAAACCUACAACAGUGACUCCUAAACCUACGACAGCGACUCCUAAACCUACAACAGUGACUCCACGAUACACAAUAGCAAACAAUUGUUUUGAUGUGGACCCAAUUUGCUCACAAUUCCCAUCAACACAACUGUGCGCAGACAAAAACUGGGCCUUUGGCAGUUGCAGGAAAACAUGCGGCCUUUGCUCUGAAACAAUGCCUAAGCAUACAACCCCAAAGCCUACUACAACAACCCCAAAACCUACCACUCCUACACCAAAACCUACGACAACAACACCAAAACCUACGACUACAACACCAAAGCCUACGACUACAACACCAAAGCCUACGACUACAACCCCAAAACCUACCACUACUACACCAAAACCUACCACUACUACACCAAAACCUACCACUACAACCCCAAAACCUACCACUACUACGCCAAAACCUACCACUACUACGCCAAAGCCUACGACUACCACGCCAAAGCCUACAACAACUACCCACCCUCCUCGUUUCUUUACAAUCAGGAGCAUUAUGAAAGGAAAAGAGGAAGCCAGUCUGUGAUAUUAACAAUAAAAAAAAUCAAACAAACAAAUUAAAAAAUAA